AUCUCAGUGAUUGUCAUUCGACGGCGGGAAGAUGUUUCUGAAAUUCGGGCUCGUAUUCCUGACUGUGGCCAUACAAACGAGCUGUUCGCAAUUCAGCGCGAACUUCGACGUUCCGCAAGGUCUCGGGUUCAACUUCAACAGCGACACCGACAACAGCAACAACAACAACAACUUUUUCGCAGGGAUACCGAACCUUUUCGGAAGAGCCCUCUCGAGCGGCUUCAACCUGAACCUUAAUCGUAAGGGGCAGCCGAGAACGCCGAGCUCGGGUUUUAGGUUCAAUAUGAAUCUUCCGUCAGGAUCAUCCAAGACAGGGAAUAGCAACUCUUUCCGAAUCGGAUUCGGUAACGAAGUCGAGAACUACGCGUCGUCAAACAGCUCAUUUAUCGACACAACGGAAAAACCAAGUGACGAACGGAUCUCUCUCUCGUCCAUGGGCUCGGAGCUCCCGGGGCUUUUGACUCCACGGAGAAACCUCAUAUCGACGACCGCUCUGAGGGGACCCGCGUUCGAAUCCGGAUACAUGUCGAGUCAGCUCGGCCCUUUGGAAACAGCAAGCGUUGGGCGGAAGAUCAAUUUCGGUUCCGACACGAACUUGUCGUUCGAUAGUCGACUGAGACAGCAGGGUCUGACUGCAGCUUCGAAUGCGCAGAGACUCUCGGCGGGCGGGAGCAACAGUUUGAAUCUUUCGAAGGGUGUGAGCCGAAUUUUGGUGAACACGGACGUGGAGCCCGCGGAGCACGGGGUCGUCGAAUAUUCACGUCAAACGAUUGUGAUAACGCAGAAACCGAGUAUAAUCACGGUUCACCACUCGCAGCAGAAGCUUCCAAAGAAACCGGAGAAGGAAUCUGACAAAAAGUUCCGCUUCAAGCCAGUGACAGCCGUUCUCAAAAAACGUCUACACAAAAUCCAAAUCCCGGUCUACAACGGUUACGACGAUGGCGCGUCUUGCGACGCAAAAUCCCCAUUUUUGUUGCUCCACACCGAAGAUCUGGGCGAUGGUAGAACCAGAUAUUUCCAUUGUAUCGACGGCUCUAUGAAAGGAGUCGUCUGUCCAUCGGAUAAACCUGCCCUGCAGGACAUUUGCAACGGUUACGACAAGCAUUGCUGGCGUUAUCUCGCUUUCGACGCGAGCAUCGACCCGAAACAGAUUGCUGACAACGCGUAUCAAUACUAUCGUUGCCUCGGAAAAAUUUGA